AUGGAUGUGCGUCAGCCCGGCGAUUGUAAAAGCUGCCUUGAAAUAAACAUCGAAAACCUGAUCAAGCCGUCCGAUUGCUAUAAGCAAGGGAAUGGAUAUCAACACAGCAGCCCGCUGCGAGAACUGGCGCUCUCGUCAAAACACUGCUUAAUCUGCUCAAUAUUUUUGAGAGCCAUCACCAAGAGCAAACAUUUUAAGGAUUUGGAGUUACAACUAGAUCAAAAUGAGUUAUGGCUCAAAUUGGUCUAUUGGGGUGAAUGCCGGUAUGCGUGUACCCUGCAAGUUGUCGCUAUAACCGGCCAGCAGCCAGCGAGCACAGUUGUUGACACCGAUUUCAAGGUUUCUACACUGAAGGACGACCCUGCAGCACUAGUUGACCUUACUGGACUUGAUGGCUAUAUUGGCGCAUCUCGACUCCCGUGGAGGGAGGAUGUUGGGGAAACGACAAAGUCAAAUAGCAGUUUUGCAACAGCAAAUCGAUGGCUGAAGGACUGCCUGGCGGGAAACCAUGUACCUGGGACUGGGAUCAAUAUGCGACGGAGGCUUCACUCAUUCUCGGCCAUUGAUCACGAGCGAGUGCCUGAACAUCCUCGACGUCUAAUAGACUGUUUUGCGGACACCCGUUUUCGUGGUAUUCACGAUCUGCGCCCCCACAACAAUCAAAGUGAUGAUCAGGCUUCUUGUAAGCUUGUUGAUGCAACCAAACAUCAUCAGCCUUAUGCUUGUCUGAGUUACUGCUGGGGACCAGCUGAAAACACUCCCUGGGUGACGACUUCUUUCAACGUCGCACGAAGGAAAAUCUCGAUCGAUCAAGCGGCUCUCCCGAACACUUUAAAAGAUGCUAUCCACAUCAACCGUCGUCUGAACAUUCGUUACCUGUGGAUCGAUGCGCUAUGCAUUGUUCAAGAUAGUCAGGAUGAAUGGUUGAUUGAAAGCACCAAAAUGGACUCUAUUUACGGUGGAGCUCUUGUAACAAUAUGUGCAGGCGCAUCAUGCUCAAGCGAAUCGGGGAUAUUCAACAGCAAGAGUGUUUCGGAUUUCGAAGCUCGUUCCGAAAUAAAACAGGCUUUUCGCAUAAAGAGCAGACUCCAAGACGGCCGCACUAGUGUCCUCGAAUUUUCUGCAGAUCACUGGGAGGAUUCGAAUCCCAUCCAAGGCCAAGAAUAUCGACGGGGCUCAUUACAAGCCCGGGGUUGGUGUUGUCAAGAACGCCAUCUGUCACGCCGAAAAAUAUUUUAUGGCUCAAGCCAGUUAUAUUGGGAAUGUGAUCAUUUGGUCCUGAAGGAAGACGGCAGCUUCGACUAUGACUAUGUCGAGCCAUUGGGCCAUGAUGCCACUCCGAGUCAACAAAUUGAUACCCCACAACAACUUGCUCUUUCAUGGUACAAUGAUAUAAUCGCGGCCGACUAUUCUACUCGUCAGUUGUCCCGGCCAAGUGAUAAACUGAUAGCUAUAGCAGGGCUAGCUAAAUAUGCCUCGAAGAUGAUGGGGUCAACUUAUAUUGCAGGAGUCUGGUCACAUGCGAUUCGCGAGGGCUUAUUGUGGAAACGCAAUGCUUCUACUGGGCGACAUCAGGAAACAUAUCGUGCUCCAUCUUGGUCAUGGGCAAGCCAAGAUUCUGCGAUAAGAUUCGCGGCUCUAGGUGUUUGUGACUUUAGAUGGUAUAGUGAGGUAACCUCCACUACCACCUACUAUCGAACAACGGACGAGUUUGGAGCUAUUGAAUCUGCGCAUAUGACACUGAGAGCAGCACUCCUAAGAGGAAGGGUGGACAUGCCACCAUUUGACGCUUUGGCGAGAAUGGAAUACGACAUGGCCUUCCAUUUGGAUGGAAUCGGCCAUGGCUACGCACGCAUGGAUGACAGCCAAUUCUUCUCAGGGCAAGUCAUGGCCGCGCCUUUAUGCGAACCGUCCCUUAGCAGAAACCGUCCGUACUUCCUCGUGCUCGAAGGACCGACAGAGAAGAACGAGUACAGGCGAAUCGGACUCGGGUGGGUCGAUGUGCGGUGGCGUUCUCUACUCACGAGGUCUAACCGGGAUAUGCACCCACUGAAGUCGGUGGACGCAAUGCAAUUAAGUAAACUGCAGAAGACGGAGCUUUUUUUGAUUUAG